UACCCCUGUGUGGUGGGCUCAGUAGGCUUUACCACAGGGACACACAGUUGGGAUGUUGAAGUGAAAGACAACAGUUUCUGGAUGGUGGGCGUGACCACAGAAUCAGUGCAAAGAAAAGGAACCUUUGGGUUGCCUAGUGAUAUCUGGACCAUUGGAUUCGAAAGCCAAACUCUGUGUGAGGAGUCCGCUGAAGUCACGCGUCCAUCUGAGUGGAUAUGAGAAACCCAAUCAGGUCCUGUGGUGCUGGAUCCCAACACAGUUAACUGUCAGCUUCUACUGUCUGAUGAUCUGACAGAAGUGUGGAACCCCAAUGAAGCUGUGGAUGAGAUUGAAAACUUGACUAUUGUAUUACGUUCUCAGAACUUAGACCGAUUUAACAAUUACUCCUGUGUGCUGGGCACCGUGGGCUUUUCCACAGGCACACACAGUUGGGAUGUUGAAGUGGCAAAGAACAAUGUCUGGUUAGUGGGCGUGGCCACUGAAUCAGUGCAGAGGAGAGGAAAGUACGGGCGGCCUAGUGAUAUCUGGACUAUUGGAUUCAAAAGCGAUACUCUUAGUGUGAGGAGCCCGCAGGAGUCAUGCAUCCAUCUGAGUGGAUAUGAGAAACCCAAGCAGGUGUGGGUGAAAGUGGACAUGAGUGAAGGACAGGUGUCGUUCUCUGAUCCUCAAAGUGAUGUCGUCUUUUACACAUUCACACACAAUUUCUGAGAGAAAGUCUUUCCUUUCUUCCACACUUUGUGGUGUGAACCUCUAAGAGUUCUGCCUGUGUGGCCAAAUCCCUAAAUUAAAAGAGUUCUUGAAUCUCUCUCCUUUUGUUGUUUUGGAGAACAUGUGUCAUAUUUAUUAGCAGUUCUAAAUGUACAGUAAGUUACUUGGUGAUAUGUUCAAAUUUUGGGUUUAUUGAUUUUUUCCAUUUCCCAUUAUAGUUUCCUUACCUAAUUGUGAUCUUUAAUAACUUUGAAACUUAGUAACUUGGGCACUUUGAAACAUUUACAGAGAAAUUGUAGAUUUGUUUUUUAUGUUAGUGCAUGUACUGCAUACAUAUUGAACAAACAUUUGUUUUGUGAAAGAUGCUUGUUUGAGGCACGUUUUAUUGUUUGUUUUAUGAAGUGUGUACAAACUCGCGUGCAAUGGUUACAAUUCUGUUUUUGCAGUAAAAUUGUACAGGUCAUGUCCUAUUUUUAUGUUACAAUUAUUAUAAUAUAUUCACCACUAAAUUACACGCCACUGUUGUCGUCCCUAAACUACGGCUUUGACAAACUUCUGCCCGUUCAUUGCACUACAUUUCCCAUCAACCUUUGCGCGCUUCGUCACGUGAUGCACAGCGAUUUUCCUGCUCAAGUCUGUGCUUGUUUUUCAUCUUAUUUAAUUUUCCCCGGUUGUGGAUAAAGAAACAUUUCCGAAGGCGUCUGAAAGAAGAAAGUGUGAGUUUAAUGACAAUUAGCAUUAAGCUAUACAACCGACACUAAAGAAGAAGAACAACAAGAGGCUGUUAUCAUCUGAUCCCGUGGGCAUGAAUGUAACAUUACAAGUUGACAAUUCGAAAAUCACAAGACCUGCGAGUUUUUGAAGCGAGGAACUGUUCUGCCAUAGCCAUUUAAUAUUGACAUCCCUCAACGUGUACGUUACGUGACUGAUGUGAGCUAAUAGCCAUGGACUGUCCGCAUCUACCAGUUGAGAUAAUUACGCAUAUCUUAAGUUACCUACACAUUACAGACCGGAAAGAGGCAUCACUGGUGUGUAGGAGUUGGUAUGAAGCAAGCCAAUACCGCCAGUUUCAGAAAAACGUCACCUUCAAGUUCCCCGUUUCUACAUCGUCACUGGACUUCAUCCGUGCACUGAGUCGGCAUCCUCACUGCGGUUUAGUCAUCAGUCAUCUUGAUGACUCCGCCCUCUCAAGGCAGGUUCUCGUGGAGGUGGGUGUUCACCUCGGCCCUCGCUUGGACUGUUUGGCUCUACCUGGCAGCAGCAUCACAGAGUCCUCGCUGUUGGGCCUCCUACCACAUCUGACCAGCCUCCAAAAGCUGGAUCUUCAGGGGCUGGAUAGUCUGUUUAUGUCUGGAGCCUUUCUGUCUAGAGAAGAGCAUCGUCGGCAGGUCCAACAUGCGCUAAGGAAGCUGCAGGAACUGAACCUGUCAGAUCUCCGCUACCUCUCAGAUCUAUCUUUUAACCGUAUAACCAGCUGCACGCCCAGGUUACUCAGACUGUCCCUGGCUGGAUGUCACAUCGCAUUCGAAUUUGAUCCGUAUCGAGGCUGUCCGGUUGGAUCGGGCUCCUCCGCCUUGGUGUCUCUCCGUAACCUGUUGAGUCUUUUACAAAAGCAGGCCGGCUCGCUUCGCAGUUUGGACUUGAGUCGCACCAGCAUCACUCCCAAGUCUCUAUGCUCCAUAGCCCAAGUGCCAGGCCUCCGCCUGGAGGAGCUGAGCCUUCGUGGCUGUAAAGAGCUGAUGGAUUAUUCUAUACAAAUCCUCUGCAAGCAGCAGAAUGGUCUGAAGAUGCUGGACCUCAGCUCGUGUACCGAGCUCACCAGCAGGACGGUGCUGGCGGUUGCGACUAAGCUGAAAGAACUGCGGUCGCUUUCCAUGUCUCAGGACUGGAAGAUAACAGAUAAAGGCCUGGCGGAGCUGAUGGCGCUGCCUUGCUUGAGGACGUUGGAUCUGUCCGAGUGUCUCCACGUCAGUGGAGCAGAUCUGGUGAAGGGACUGUCCUCUCCACAGCCCAGAGCUCAGCCGGAGACUCUUAGCCUUAGAAAUUGCACAUAUAUAAGGGAUUCAGUCAUGUACUCCCUCAGUCAGCUGUUAGGUUGUAAUCUGAAAGUGUUGGACCUCACGUCCUGUGUCUACCUCACCGACCUGAGCGUUCGCGCUAUUGCAACAUACCUGCCUGCACUGGUGGUGCUGCGACUUGGCUGGUGUAAGGAGAUCUCAGACUGGGGGCUGCUGGGAAUGGUGGAGCCCACCAAGGACUGUGAACCAAGAGACAAAGAGGAGGAAAAAGGCCCAAGCUUUACUAGGACGUUUGGAAACAUGGGAUUUUUCCAGCCUCCCAGCAUGCCCUUUCAGGAGAAGCCACAUCUGGUGACGGAUGAGGAUCUGGGGGCCUUUAGGGAACAGGAAGGAGCAUCAUUGUUGGCCCUCAGGUGCCUUCAGGAACUGGACCUGUCUGCCUGUUCUAAACUCACCGACACCAGCAUUACACAGGUACUCCGUUUCCCAAACCUGCAGCGUCUCUCGCUUUCUAUGCUGCCUGAGAUCAGUGAUGAAAGCUUGGUGUCUGUAGCCCAUCACUGCCGGAGUCUUACCAGCCUGUCUCUCAACCACUGUCCUCAGAUCAGUGACCACGGCAUGACACAGGCCCUGACACAUCUGAAAAGACUACAGCAUCUGUACCUGGCCGGCUGCGAUGCCAUUACAAACAAAACUCUGUCCAUAAUCGCCCAGCACUGUGAGCCACUGAAAACACUCGAUGUCUCCAUGUGUAAGGACAUAACAGUGCAGCAGGUGGACUAUCUUCAGUCCCACCUACCCUUUCUGGAGAAAGUCCAGUGCCGCUUUGUCAACGGGGCAGAUUUCACCAUGGUAUUAUGAUCGUAUGUGUAAUGCACUGAAAGCUAUCAAAUGCAAAAAAUAUAUAAAACUAUGAUAUAAAUUAUAGCACAUUGAGCUCAGGUAUACAAAAGUGACCGAUUCCAAAACACUUUUUUUGCAUAGUAUGCACACAACUGAACAAUUUACAGUACUGUAUUAUAUAAUCACUGCUUCUGAACUGAUCAUUCCAUUACUAAAAUAUAAAUAUCUACUAUUGACUAGUAAAUUUAUUACUGAUGUACAAUAACACGAAGCCUGGAAGAAGUGUGUAGGCCAGUGUAGUUAUAUACUGUAAAGGCAUUUAGUAAAUUUUUAUAAAUGCUUUGUUUUUAUCUUUUUGUUUAGACUUACUGGAAUUUGAAUGUGUACAGUGUUUGAUAAGGUGCCAUAUAAGGGUGAACAAUCAUGAUAUGCUUGCAAUAAAUUAUCAGUUCAAGGUCUGCUUGCAAUUUUAUACUACAAUGUUGCCGUCAAAAAUCCUGGAAUGAAAACAGAUGUAGGCCUAUUUAAAACUAGAUCAUAAAAUCUGAAAUUAUUAUUUUUUAGCUCGCUUUACAUUUCUUUUAUCCAAGAUGACUUAUAAAACAUAUAUUCAAAAAAAGUUGUUUGCCUUGAGAAUU